CAUAUGCUCGGCGGCUCUGGCGGCUAGAGUGUCGUCCGCAGCUCGCAUGCCCCGUGGCUCGGGCGGCUAGAGCGUCCCUCCUCCUGGGAUCCGCGUGUGACCUUCCCGCCCGCGGAGCGAUGCUGCGGGCGGCCGCAAGCCCCCUGUGGGGGCCGUGUCUCGGGCUUCGGGCCGCCGCGCUCCUCCUCGCCAGGCAACAGGUACCACGUGUCUGCGCCCUGAGGCUGAUGAGAUGCAGCAGCCGUCGAAGGGGGGAGGCCCUAGCUGGUGCGCCCCUGGAUAACGCCCCCAAGGAGUACCCCCCCAAGAUCCAGCAGCUAGUCCAGGACAUUGCCAGCCUCACGCUGCUGGAGAUCUCAGACCUCAACGAGCUCCUGAAGAAAACAUUGAAGAUUCAGGAUGUCGGGUUCAUGCCGAUGGGUGGCGUGGCGCCGGGUGCUGCCCCUGCCGCGGCAGCCUCCGAGGCAGCAGAAGAAGACAUCCCCAAACAAAAAGAACGGACACAUUUCACUGUCCGCCUGACAGAGGCAAAGCCCGUGGACAAAGUGAAGCUGAUCAAGGAAAUCAAGAACUACGUCCAGGGCAUCAACCUCGUGCAGGCAAAGAAGCUGGUGGAAUCCCUGCCCCAGGAAAUCAAAGCCAAUGUGGCCAAGGCCGAGGCCGAGAAGAUCAAGGCGGCCCUGGAGGCAGUGGGCGGCACCGUGGUUCUGGAGUAGGCCGUCCAGACGACUGUGGACCGGGUCCCAGGCGCUGGGCAGGGCUCCACCUGCUCCUCGCCCCGCACCCAGGCUCAGCGGACCCACUUGCGCUGGAGCAGAACCGGGUACCCGCACCAUGUGGCCAGUUUCCUUCUGGGACAGACGAUGGACCUACUGAGAUGGGGAGGGAGUGGCAGUCACUGCCGGUGCAAGCCCCAGGGAGGAGGACUCGAGAACCUACUGCGAGUUCACGCGCCCCCUGGUGGCUGUUGAGAAAAAUGCAUUGUUCAGGC